UAACUUUUCGGAAGGCAUCAUUACAACAACACAGCUUGUUCUAGUGUGUUCGCAGCAAACCAACAAACCAAACUUAGCCAUGUCUCGACUUACGAUUCUCUUUGUCUUCGCAGUGGCGUAUGAAGUACUAGGAGAAGCUGCGACGAAAGGGAAGCCUGCUGCGGACUCACACACUGCCCAAACCGGAUACUACUCUCCAGUGAUCGUGUCGGCUCCCAUCCACGGAGGCUAUGGAGCCGGUCUCGGAGGGGCUGGUCUCGGCGGUUACGGUGGAGCUGGGCUAGGAGGCGCCGGCCUUGGAUUAGGUGCCGGUUCGGCCGCACCACUCAACAACGCCGGCGCAGUCAGUGCCGCACAAUUAAGCGCCAUUCAAAACGCCCAGGCCGUCCAAGCCGCUCAGAUCGGAAACGCAGCCGCCGCCGGAAUCCAGAGCGCCCGUGUCACCGAAGUCGCCGCCAGAGCCGGACAAGCCAACGCCAUCCAGAACGCCCAAGCAUUGGACGCCGCUCGCAUCGCCAACGUACAGAGAGCGCAGGCCGCCGCCUUAGAGAACGCCAGAGCCGCGGAAGCCGCGAGACGCGCCGCCGCCGCCAGUGCCUUGGAACUGUCCCGUGCCAUCGAAGCUGAACGCGUCGCCAACGCCGCCCGUGUCCAGGCCGUAGCGAUCGCCAACACCCGUGCUAUGGAAGCCGCUCGUAUUGCCAACGCUGCCAGGUCCCAAGCCGCCGCCGUCGCCGCUAGCGCUGCCCAAGCUCAAGCCGUCGCCGACUCGGUAGCCAGGAACGUUCAGGACGGUGGCCUCCUCUUGGGAAGCAGCGCUGGUGGUCUCGGCGGAUACGGUGGUGCUGGCGCUGUAGUGGCUGCCGCUCCCGCCAUCGCCUACGGCGGCUACGCCGGACACGGUGGCUACGUCGGCAACGGUGGCUACGGAUACAACAGCUACGGUCACUAAACGAACCAUACUACAGUGAUUAGACACCCAAUGUCAUAGAUAGAAAAUUUUAAUUUCUACAUCCAUUUCGUCAACCCUUAUAGAAAUGGUUAGCGGCAGAUUAUCAUAAGGACUGUGUAAAUAUAAUCUAAAUAAACUGCAUCGAAAUUGUUUUAAA